UGCAGUAGUGAAAAAUCAGCACGAGGAAAUUGCUGACCUUCAAAGAGCAAGGCUUCGUCCAUUUGACUGCGUUCUCUACGCACAGAGCCUUUCAGUGCUUUUGCGACGUGAAGACAAUGCUAGAAAGGAGUUAGGAGCCUUUCUGCGCCUCUUGACGCCCCACCAUACACUUGCACUUGUCAUUGUCGACGAUGUGGAGGAGAGGGAGAGAAGCGGCAUGGACCUCCUCGUGGAGUACGCAAACAAACUCGGCUUCGGCACCGAGGCGCCUCUGACCACUGCACCGAUGAAUUGGCGAAUAUGGCACGUAAUAAGUGGUUAUGUCAACCCUAUCGACAGCAAGGACAUAUUCGAGUGGCUGUGCCAGGAUGUGAUUUGGAGGAGAAUGCAAGAAUCUGUUGUCUCAUUGACCGACGAACUAGCGAUGCGCUGCAAUGUGUGA